AUGCAGAUGAUAGAGACUACGAAACAAGUGCUGGAGCCAGAACAUCCCAUCACUCUGGGCAGCAAAAAUAAUCUCGCACUAUUAUACUGGGACGAAGGACGAUGGACGGAAGAAGAAGCCCUAUGUGUGCAGGCAAUGGAGGCGACGGAACAGAUUCUAGGGCCAGAACAUCCUCAAACUCUGAGUAGCAAAAGUAAUCUCGCAUCAAUAUACCUGAAGCAAGGACGAUGGAAGGAAGCAGAAGAGCUACAGGUGCAGGUAAUGGAGACUACGAGACAGAUGCUAGGACCGAAGCAUCCUAACACUCUGAAUGUCAUGGCCCACCCCACAUCAACAUACCAGAACCAAGAGCGAUGGGAGGAAGCAGAAGCGCUACAGGUGCAAGUGAUGGAGACUAGGAAACAGGUGCUGGGACUGGAGCAUCCUGACGCUCUGAACGGCAUGGCCUGCCUCGCAUCAAUAUACCGGGAUCAAGGACUAUGGGAGGAAGCAGAAGACCUAGAAUCAGGGUUGGCUCUGCUAUUCGGUGUCGACGGGUAUGAGCGGCCGAGCGGACUUACGUCGGCCCAGGAGGCAACGCGGGUAGCUGCAUUGAGCGUGACGGGAGCAGGCGAUGUGAGUAUAUUGUUGACAGCAUUGCUGAUGCUUGUUGGGCUCGCUUGCGGAUUGCCAUGCGUCCAAGGUCUCGGGUUUGGUCAAGAAGACGACGAGUGUGACGGUCAGAUAUGGCUUGAGAAGGGCUGA